CCAGCAUCGUGGUGUUUUUUUAAUAUAUAUAUACAUGUAUAUACAUGUAUAUCCGUAGUCAUGGCAAUCAAGUUAGAAGAAAAUGUGAAUGACGUUUUAUUCCAACGAUAUUGCCCGCAUGCCAAGAUCGAGAGCUUUCCGAACAAGUCUGCGAGACUUCGAUCGAAGUGUUGACAAUCGUGGAAGUGCAUGGACGCCUGCCAGAUAGAGACUUGCUGUAUCCAUACCGUUGGGAAAGGAUUCCGUUUUGGUUGGAUCGCCCAGAAAUCGUUUUCGUCAUCGAACCGCUACCGUUAAAAAGCAAGACUUUAGUCAAUUAAUUCAAUACCGAGGGGUAACUGAAUGCAGAAUUCAUCGGGAGAACGCAAGGAAUGUCAAAAACUAUAAUAGAUCCCCGCUAGCGCUGGAUCAGUGGGGAAAUUGUGAUAGAACAGGACAUGUUUUAUUAAGACGGCGGCAGACAACAGAAGCAAGUGACACGACAAUAGAUGAAUUGAGGUGAAGAGCCACGCACACACGAGGGAAUCGAUGCUGAUGAUGCGGUCUUUGAACAGAAGUCCAUUCUCUUUGUUCCGGAUCUACACCUAACAAGUGCUCGGGCUGCGCUUAAACCACAUGACUUGAUGUUCACUUGGAACUAAUAAACCUACUUUCAUGGAAAUAAAUUCUAGCUCGGAUGCAGUUUUAUUGAGGUAGUACAGCUGGGUUAUUGGUGGGUGUUUUUGGUGCUUCUUCGGAAAAUGUUCUUUCUGCAAGACUCAGCAAAACACUUUGUGGAAUAUUGUUUUAUUGAAUUGAAUACAGUUACAAUUAUUUGAAUAUGUUUGUAGUUUAAUGGUAUAUAGCUGUCGUGUGCUAAAUAGUUAAGCUAUAAUUGAAAAAUGUUAGAAAAUAUAUUACAGUUGUCUUAAAUGUAAGCUUUAGUUGAAAAAAAUGGUUACAUUUAUUUGAACAUGGUGAUAUUGUUGUGGACUUGUUUGACGAUAGUUAGCGAGGUUUGGGAAGAAGACUUCAGAGACGAAUACCCAAGUCUUAAAAUAUUAAGUAUCUCAGGUUGUCAUAGCUAGAAGACAACAACAAUGGACAUCUUACACAAUGACAGGACAUGAUAUUUUCUCGGCAGAAGUUGACGUCCAGUAAGAUGGUGGAAUCUAAAGCUGGUAGAUUUCCGAUAUGCCAUGGAUCUUUGGAUGACAUGAGUAACACCCCUAUCAAGUUCCGGCAGUUCAGGAAUGACGACGAGAUUGUCCUCAACGUCGGCGGGAUUCGCCACGAGACACACGUGUCCACUCUCCGGAACGUGCCCAACACUCGGCUGUCACGGCUGGCUGAGCGCCACGUGCAGUCGGGUGGAGAAAAGGACGAAUACUUCUUUGACCGUCACCCGGCCGUUUUCAACUCCGUCAUCGACUUCUACAGAACAGGGGAACUUCACGUGCCGCUCGAAGUGUGCGGAGCUGUAGUGAAGCGGGAGCUGGACUUCUGGCAGAUGAACGAGUCCGAGAUCAAGGCCUGCUGCUGGCGGCACUACAGGUCGUACAUCGAGAACCAGCGCAUCCUCGACUCGUUUGACAACAGUCUGAAGAAAGAGCAGUUUAGCGUGGAUCUCGAUCAGAUGACGGGCUGGAAGCGCUUCCAGAUGAAGAUCUGGCUCAUUCUGGACCACCCAAGGACAUCGAGGACAGCCAUGAUCUAUGGAAUCACCUCGUUUCUGUUUGUCAUGGCAUCCAUCGCCGGCUUCUGCCUGGAGACGAUUCCGGCGCUCAGACCAAUAGUUGUUCAAAACGUCACCACGAGUUGUGACGGAGAGGCCCGGCCGAGCAUCUCCGUUGUAAUGGCGUCGCACAAGGCCCUGAACGUUUUGGAUAUCAUCUGUACUGUGUUUUUCACGCUGGAACUAAUCGUCAGGUUUAUGUUUGCUCCAAAUAAGCUUCGAUUUGUACGAUCCAUAAUGAACAUUAUAGACCUGCUAGCGUUGGUGCCCUUGUAUGUCCAGGUAAUAUUCGAGCACUCCUCUCUUAAGGCGUGCUACCUCAACGAGCGGCUGGUGGUGGAGAUUCUGUUCAUUCUGAGGAUCAUCCGCAUGUUCCGAGUCUUCCACCUGGUGAAGCACUAUCAGGCCCUCAAUGUCCUCGUCUGUGCCAUGAAGGCCAGCCUGCAGGAGCUGCUCAUGCUCCUCAUAUUCCUCAUGAUAGGAAUGCUGGUCUUUGCAACCAUGAUCUACUAUGGGGAAAGGAAGGACGUGGUGACUCCCAGUGACAGCUUCAAUACCAUCCCGAUCGGAUUCUGGUGGGCGAUCAUCACCAUGACGAUGGUCGGGUACGGAGACAAGUAUCCCGUAACUCCCAUUGGUUACAUCAUCGGAACCGGGUGUGCCGUCUCUGGCGUCCUUCUCUUCGCACUGACGAUCCCCGUUAUUUCUAACAAUUUCACCUUGUUCUAUACCCACGAGCGGUCGCGUCAGAUCUGCAGGACUGCAGGAACACUGUUCAGGCCGGUUGGGGAGCAGACGCAGGAAUAUGACGUCGUUGAGGUAAAACGCCCCAAGAGAGUACUCAAGGGAAAGAAGUCCAACAAGUCCGGCUCCACGAGCAGCUGCCAUAGCGGGACAAGCAUUUCAAAGGAAAUUCGCGAUUGUCCGGUCGACGAUGACGAGAAACAGUGCAUGAUUGAAAGACAGGACUCUGACCUUAGUUUAUGUCAGAAUGGAUCUGUCCACGCCAAAUGUAAUGACGACGAAAUUGGCCAGUUCAGAGGCUAAUGAAGUAACAAUCUAAGUGUAAUACAAAAACAAAGCAAAGUACGUUUGGAUAUUGGAAGCUAUAAAAGUAUUAAAAGAGAACCCAGAAUGAAGUGUAAUACAUCAAACCAGUAAUGUACUUCUGGCCAUUUCACCAGUAUUGGAAACUAUAACAGUAUUGUUCUAUUGGUUGUUAUUUGGAUGUGCAAAAUAAAUGUCGCUAGCCCUACCCAUGGGUCAUAAAUGUAGUGGUGAAAGUGGGCGUGGAUAUCUUUACAGUUGAUUGCAGACUAAAAGACAAAUUGUGUAUCUUUUCAUCAUUUAACUAUCCCUGUGAACAUCAUAACUGAUUACAUUACUGACAGUGUUACUGCAUUACGCUCCUAUACCAUUGUCAGGACCAACAAAAAGAUACAUGUUAAGUUAAAUAAUUUUAAUAAAAUACUAAAUUAAAUACUGUUCUUUUAGGAAUAAAGUUUGAAAUAUGUUCUUUCAAUCGAACGUUCACUCAAUUUUGGAUUAGCCUUAGGAACAAUGACUACAGGAAGAUAGAGUUAAAUUUUGUUUUGCUUAACGACACCACUAGAGCACAUUGAUUUAUUAAUCAUCAGCUACUGGAUGUCAAACAUUUGUUAAUUCUG